AUGAUUAAUAGUAAUAAUGAAGAUAAUAAUCGUUUUGAAAUUAUUUAUCGUACAGAAUAUGAAGAUGUUAAUCUUGUAUGUGUAUUAAAUGAUGUUGCUUGGUGGAAAAGACCAAAUUUAUUAGCAACAAGAUAUGGAAUUAUAUUACCAAAAUUUCGUUCCAAAAUGUCAUUUGAACAAAAUAACAACAAUGUUCAAUCACAAACGUUAUAUAUUCGUCAACUUCAAUCAAAUGAUUCAGGAGUCUAUGAAUGUGAAACACUUGGAUCUAUUCAACAGUUUAAUUUAACUGUAAUAGUUCAUCUAACAACUGUUGAACUUGGUACUCAAUUGAUAACAUCAUAUGAUUCAACGACUGAUCAUAAAUUAAAUCAAACUGAUUCUAAUCUUUUACAACAUUCAAUAAUAUUAAAUAAUGGACAUAUUCAAAUACAUGAAAAUCAAUUAAUACGUCUUACAUGUGUUGUUUCACGAGCUUUACCAGCUGCUAUUCUUUAUUUUCCAUUUGAUAUUGAUUAUCGUAUUGAAAAAAAUAUUACAAUUGAAAACGACGAUAAAACAUAUCGAACAAUACUUGUUAUAAUUCUUCGUAUUAAUCGACAUUUACAUAAACGUAUAUUUCAUUGUCAAGC